AUGUUGGUCAAAGAAGAGCAAAAACUCAAUAACCUUCUAGUAAAACAUACAAAGACGCACUUCUUACAUCCAACGGCGACUGGACGUCAAGAUGUAUUAGCUUUGAAACAACAAUUAGCAGAUGCACUUGGAGAGAACGGACCUCUCUAUUGGGAUGCAUUGAAAGAAUUUGUCAUGGGAAAACUCAAUAGACAAGAGUUUGAUUUCUAUGCUAAUUUAUACUUGAGCAGACAAAAUGCCUAUUUACACAAUGCAUUCAUUCUCAGUACAGUUCAUAACGCACAAACAAAUACACCGCCACCUUCUCGACAUAGGCUUGUUGGUUGGGCAAAACGAAAAAGAGGCAGAGACGGUAGUUUAGCUGACGGUGAAAUAGAGUUGGAUCCAAAAAAACAGAAAUUAAAAUCAGAUGUCAUGGCUUUAAGUAAAGCCGAAAGAGAAAGACUAAAAGCAUUGGUGAAGGCGGGUGAUAAAAAUAAACUAAAGCCCUAUGUUGAUAAGUUCCUUGGUUCAACAAGAGUUAGCAAGCAACCGACUUUACCUAUUUCUUUAGAUCAAUUACCACCAACUUAUAGCCAAGAAUAUUCCAAAGGCUUGUUGGCGCCAUUAUGCAUAGAUCUCAAAGAAUUGCCGUCUCCGGAAACGCUACAUUCUCGGAUGACAAGCAUAGCAAUAGAAAAUGGCUUGCUAGGUGGAAUAGGAGAAGAUGUGGUGAAUGUCAUGCUGUUUGCAGCAGAGAAUUACAUAAAGUCGUCAAUUACUAGCGCAAUUAGCAAGCGAAGAAUUAAUAGAUGUAUCGGUGCUCAAUUAGUACAUGAGAAGCAACAGGAUGAAGAUGAUGAAAUGCUAAAAGCCAUGCCAGCAGCCGAUAUGAAUGAAGAAAAGCAAUCAUCAAUCACACUGGAAGAUCUCGCUUUCACAUACCACAUCACACCCUACGUAUUAGUUGAGAAACCACUCAAUGCGGAAAAGCUAACAGCAUUGAUGGAAGACAGUGACGAUGAAAUGCUUGUGGACAAUUUAUCUGACAGUAGUCUGGAGGAAGACUAUGACUUAUAA